AAAACCUCAGCACCACGUGCUCUUUGCACUGUUUGCAAACCCGCCUGCGACUGACGCCCCAGAGCUCCGGAGACCACACGCGCUGGGAGCUAGCAUGUCGGCCGUGGUCCUGGAGAACGGAGGCUCGGUCAAGAAGCUCAGCGACUUUGGACAGGAAACAAGCUAUAUUGAAGACAACUCCAAUCAAAAUGGUGCCAUAUCACUGAUCUUCUCACUCAAAGAAGAAGUUGGUGCGCUGGCCAAAGUCUUACGUUUAUUUGAGGAGAAUGAUAUAAACCUGACCCACAUUGAAUCAAGACCUUCACGUUUAAAGAAAGAUGAGUAUGAAUUUUUCACCUAUCUGGAUAAACGCAGCAUGCCUGCUCUGGCAAACAUCAUCAGAAUCUUAAGGCAUGACAUUGGUGCCACUGUGCAUGAGCUUUCCCGGGAUAAGAAGAAAGACACAGUGCCCUGGUUCCCAAGAACCAUUCAAGAACUCGACAAAUUUGCCAAUCAGAUUCUCAGCUAUGGAGCGGAGCUGGAUGCAGACCACCCCGGCUUUAAAGAUCCUGUGUACCGAGCAAGACGGAAGCAAUUUGCUGACAUUGCCUACAACUAUCGACAUGGGCAGCCCAUCCCUCGAGUGGAAUACAUGGAGGAAGAAAAGAAAACAUGGGGGAUAGUGUUCAGGACCCUGAAGUCCUUGUACAAAACCCAUGCUUGCUACGAGCACAACCACAUUUUCCCACUUCUGGAAAAGUACUGUGGCUUCCGCGAAGAUAACAUUCCCCAGCUCGAAGAGGUUUCUCAAUUUCUGCAGACUUGUACUGGUUUCCGCCUCCGACCUGUGGCUGGCCUGCUUUCCUCUCGGGAUUUCUUGGGUGGCCUGGCCUUUCGAGUCUUCCACUGCACUCAGUACAUCAGACAUGGGUCCAAGCCCAUGUACACUCCUGAACCUGACAUCUGCCAUGAGCUGUUGGGACAUGUACCCUUGUUUUCAGAUCGCAGCUUUGCCCAGUUUUCGCAGGAAAUCGGCCUCGCCUCUCUGGGUGCCCCCGAUGAGUACAUCGAGAAACUCGCAACAAUUUACUGGUUUACUGUGGAGUUUGGGCUCUGCAAGCAAGGAGACUCCAUAAAGGCAUAUGGUGCUGGGCUCCUGUCAUCCUUUGGUGAAUUACAGUAUUGCUUGUCAGGCAAGCCGAAGCUCCUUCCUCUGGAACUGGAGAAGACCGCUCUCCAGCAGUACACAAUCACAGAGUUCCAGCCCCUGUAUUACGUGGCUGAGAGUUUUAAUGAUGCCAAGGAGAAAGUGAGGAACUUUGCUGCUAUAAUCCCACGGCCCUUCUCAGUUCGUUAUGACCCAUACGCCCAGAGGAUUGAGGUCUUGGACAAUACCCAGCAACUUAAGAUUUUGGCUGACUCCAUCAAUAGUGAAGUUGGAAUACUUUGCAGUGCCCUCCAGAAAUUAAAGUGAAGCCAUGCACUGAACCUGAUCCAUCAACUUGAGAAUCUGUUGAUGGAAAUCCAACUACUUCUUUCAUUUCAUCUGAAAAAGUCUGAAAAGCAAACCUUAAUUCAAAAUAACAGCCUUGAAUCCUUUCUAGCAAAAGACGCAGGAUCAACAAAUAAAUCAAAAUAAUCUGAAAUGACAGCAUGUUAAUACAUACCCAAAAGCAUAAUGAUAGAUCUUUUGGGGUCAUCUUUGAUUUAGAGAUGAUAAUCCCAUACUCUCAGUUGAGUUAAAAAUCAAUAACCUGUCCCAUUUCAUCAGAGUUAAUGAAAAUUCGGGACCUGCUUCAUUCAACCUUCCUAAAUAUUUUUGUUAUUUGCUCUAGAGAAUUCCUAAAGGAGUAUAUGUCACUCGUUGUGAAACACCAGUCUGUCAGAAUUGAAUUCACACCUUUAUUGGAAUAUAAUUGCUUUACAGUGGUGUGUUAGUUUCUGCCGUAUAACAAAGUGAAUCAGCUAUAUGUAUACAUAUAUCCCCAUAUCUCCUCCCUCUUGCAUCUCCCUCCCACCCUCCCUUUCCCACCCCUCUAGGUGGUCACAAAGCACCGAGCUGAUCUCCCUGUGCUAUGUGGCUGCGUCCCACUAGGUAUCUGUUUUACAUUUGGUAGUGUAUAUAUGUCCUUGCCACUCUCUCACUUUGUCCCAGCUUCCCCUUCCCCACGUCCUCAAGCCCAUUCUCUAUGUCUGCGUCUUUAUUCUUGUUGCAAAGGUCAUUUUCUAUUUCAGGGAACUAUGAUUCUAAUUACUGCUUUGUUACUUUGCCUAUGGAGAUUUUCUUUAA